GUAGUAGUAGUAGUAUUACAUUAAAAACUAAAACAAUCUGCGGAGUGUGGGAUUUCCAGUCAGGCGGAAGUGAGAGCUACCCCAGGGGUCCUUGUGAAGCAGGAAGCGGAGAGGGCAGCUCUACACCGGUCCUCCGUGCUGAGGGCAACAUGGCGGAGCAGUGGCGGCGCUGCUGGAAGGGGCGCGGGGCAGUUACAGGGGUAAUAGACGCUGUUUGGGGGGUGAACCGGAGACCGGUGACUGCCGGGGAGAGAAGAACCGGGGAGAGAGGAACCGGGGCUGGGGGUUUAGUUAAAGAGGUGCUGCUUCCUGUCAGACACACACACAACCCCGUCAGGUCCAGCGCUUUUACACGGUACAGAAGUGGUGUCCUUUACCCCACGGCGGCCCGGACCUGCUCCUGCCGUAGGGUUCACAGCGACGCGAAGCUGAAAGACCCUUUUUCACUGGCGCAGGAGGAUCUGAAAAAUCUGUACGAGGAUAUUAAAAAGCAGCUACUCGUGUCCAAGGCGGAGCUGAAAGCGCUGUGUGAUUAUUACUUUGACGGGAAGGGGAAAGCUCUUCGGCCCAUGAUCGUGGUGUUAAUGGCCCGAGCGUGCAACGUUCACAGCAACAGAGACGGGCAUCUGCUCCCGGCCCAGCGCUCCAUCGCCAUGAUCUCCGAGAUGAUCCACACGGCCAGCUUGGUGCACGAUGAUGUCAUCGACGGUGCGGAUAUGAGGCGAGGAAAAACCACUAUCAAUGAGGUGUGGGGGGAGAGGAAGGCCAUCCUGGCUGGAGAUUUCAUUCUCUCUGCAGCGUCCAUGGCCCUCGCACGCAUCGGGAACACCACCGUGGUAUCUGUACUCUCUCAAGUCAUCGAGGAUCUGGUCAGAGGGGAAUUCAUGCAGCUGGGAUCCAAAGAAAACGAGAACGAGCGGUUCAAACACUACCUCGAGAAGACGUUUAAGAAGACGGCGAGUCUGAUCGCGAACAGCUGUAAAGCAGUUUCCAUUCUGGUGAACUCUGACCCCGAGGUGCACGAGAUCGCCUAUCAGUACGGCCGCAACGUGGGCAUCGCCUUCCAGCUGGUGGAUGAUGUGCUGGACUUCACGUCGUGCGCUAAUCAGCUGGGGAAGCCGUCAGCCGCAGACCUCAGGCUGGGAUUGGCCACCGGACCCGUACUGUUCGCAUGCCAACAGUUUCCGGAGCUCCACUCGAUGAUCAUGAGACGUUUCGGUUCAGAUGGAGACGUCGAUCGGGCCUGGAGAUACGUCCUGGAGAGUGAUGGCGUGGAGCAGACGAGCUUCCUCGCCCAGCGUUACUGCCACGAGGCCACGCGUCAGAUCAGCCGUCUGCAGCCGUCCCCCGAGCGAGACGCUCUGAUCCGCCUCACCGAACUCGUCCUUAACCGGGACAAGUGAACCGGGGACCUCCCGAGCGUCACUACAGGCAGCUACACACCUCUACCAUCACCUACACACACUUACAGCAGGGCAUCUGGUCACGUCACACCCCUCCACCCGGACACUCGCAGCACUGCUGUACUGAAAGGUAACGCUGGUAUAUAGGCGGCUGUCUGGGACCGGAACAGACAGCCGCACCUGAAACGCGCUAAAUAAGAAGAGAUCAGAGCUCCGGAGACGAGCGCUUCACCGCCUUAACGCCGUGCUUAGUGUGUUCGGGUGAAGGAGAUUUUCCGUUUGAGAAAAAUAACGUUUUACAUGGUCACCGUACUGUAUGUGUCCUCUUCGUCAGAAGCAGGGCAUUAUGGGAUAGGAGGAUGUCGGGAGACUUCACCGACUGAACGCAAAUCUUACAGACGUCUCCAGGAAGUCCGUCCGUCCCACCGUCCAGGCCAAAUCACGACUUUAAUUUAUGAAACUCCGCGUCGUUAACAGACAAGGCCUUAAAUCCACCACGUGUGUGUGUGUGUGUGUGUGUGUGUGAGAGAUAUUAAACACCAUGUUUUUUUAAGUUAAUCCCGUCUGUGCUCGUUUAUUUCUCCUCCACAUCGCCGUGCACAAUCAUGUAAAGAAAAGACUACGCUUUAUUAUAAAAGACUACAUUUCAACUUUGGGGCAGUUAUUAAUACAGACUGUGGGGCAGAUGUGGAGGAAUCAGCUGGAGCAUGGUUUGUUUGUUUUUUUUUUUUUUUUUAAAAAAAAAGGUUAUUACAUCCUGAGUUUAUUUUAGUUCUUCAUGUGUGAGGAUUUACAGUACACAGGUGCAUUUCAGAAAAUUAGAAAAUCGUGGAAGUUUUAAUUUGAUUAAAAUUAAAAGUUUUAAUUUGUUCCUGUAAUAUAACUUUCAUAAAUUCUAGAUUCAUUACACAUAAAGUGAAAUAUUUUAAGCUUUUUUUUUUUUUUUUUUUUUUAAAUCUCGAUGAUUACGGCUCACGGAAAUCAAAACUCCGGCAUCUCAAACUAUUAGAAUAAGGAAUUUAUAAUACGGAAACGUCGACCUUCGGAAAAGUACGUUCAUUUAUGCGCUCGAUAGUCGGUCGGGGCGAAAAAAUUCAACUUAGUAGUGUGUAUAUAUAUAUAUUUUUUUAAACAUGGAAAGUAUUGGCACCCUUGUGUUUCGGCGCUAUUAAAACAACCCAUUGGAAGCUCUUUUAAAUAAUGGUCCCCAUCACCAGUCACUACGUGUUGAACCCCUGCUUUCACGUGUAGGGUCACGUGAUCGGAAACACGCACUCGAUCAGGAUCGAGUAAAAAAGGUUGCAUUAG